GGGGGGAGGAGUCCAUGCAGCUGGACUUGUCUGAGGGCAGCACGCUGAUGUGGUGAUAUCACUGAAGUAGAAGAUGUCAACCUAAGUGUAGGACCGAUCUUCCAUGGGAGAUGUGAAGAUGUGGGCCGUCAUGGCGCUGAUCUGCCUGUGCCAAUGUGGACUGGCACAGCUGCUGAAGGGAAUGCCCCCCCGUCUGCUCUGCAGCGUACCCGGAUCACCCGGCACCCCCGGCCAGCCCGGCCCCAGCGGGGCCCCGGGAGGGGACGGGAACGUGGGUGUCCCUGGCAGAGACGGCAGAGACGGCAGGAAAGGGGAAAAGGGACAGAAGGGAGAUCCAGGUUUGAAAGGCAGAGUCGGGCCUACAGGUAAGCUUGGCGAGCGAGGUGGGCGUGGCCCUGCAGGUAAACGAGGUCCUGUGGGACAGGAUGGAGACGCGGGCCCGCCGGGCGCUAGCCAUGACGGCGAGAAAGGACAAAAGGGCCAACGCGGGACUGCCGGCACUGCGGGAAAAUGCCGAUGCGGCGACACGGCGCCCAAGUCAGCGUUCUCAGCGGGCAUCACCAGCAGCUACCCCGUCGAGUACACGCCCAUCAAGUUCAACAAGGUGCUCUUUGACAUGGGCGGCCAUUACAGCCCCCAGACGGGCAAGUUCACGUGUGCCUACCCGGGCAUUUACCACUUCUCCUACCACGUCACACUGGCCAACAAACACCUGGCCAUCGCCCUGGUGCACAACGGGCAGUAUCGCCUCAAGACCUACGACGCCAACACGGGCAACCACGACGUGGCUUCUGGGUCCACGCUGAUGCACCUGGACCCUGAAGACCAGGUGUGGAUGGAGGUCUUCUACAAAGACCAGAACGGUUUAUUUGCCGACCAGGGCUGGGCUGACAGUUUGUUCUCAGGCUUCCUGCUCUACGCUGACGCCAACUUAUUGGACGCAACGGCAGAGGACGUCACACCCUGACAACACCGCCAAGGAUUCUGGGAAUUCUGUAUUAUUCUAUCCAAUCACAUGUUAUAUUCAUGAUGUGAGAUCAUGGCCUAUCUAGUUGAUAGAAAAGCGCUAUAUAAAUCGAAUACAUUAUUAUUAUUAUUAUGUACUAUGACUUAUAUCUUCAUAUGACCUAUUGAUGUACGUUAUUUUAGAAGUUAGAAUGAUCAUUUUAGUAAGAAAACCAGCAAGUUAAAUAAAAUGUGUUUGAAACAAACUGGUCUGGGUCUCAGGCUUGCGUCUUGUUUGGCCUCUAAACAAUACUAACUAAACUAAGGAAAGGGAGUGUGUGACAAAAUCCAAGAGUGAGUGGUGUUGGACUAUGUGUGUUACCGUGAUGUCGGAUGAGGAAGCAGACAAAUCCAAAGGGGGCAAGGCAAAAGGGGUCCGUGAUCCGCGUGAGGUCCGUGGGGCAGAGAGAGGCGUCAGAGUCCGUGUCCAGAGCGAGGGUCGAGGAUCGAGGAAGGCAAAACACGGAAGAUCUCCAAGGGGUAAGACUCGGGAAGGAACUGAGGGGGGAACAAACACGGACGUCAGGCACGGAGGGAA